CCCUCUAGGGGUCCCCACCUCCGCGCCGCCCCACGGGCUGACCGGCGCCCGGGCCCGCCCCCGGCGCCCACCAUGUACGCCUUUGUGCGGUUCCUGGAGGACAACGUCUGCUACGCGCUGCCCGUGUCGUGCGUGCGCGACUUCAGCCCCCGCUCGCGACUGGAUUUUGACAACCAGAAGGUGUACGCGGUGUACCGGGGCCCGGAGGAGCUGGGCGCCGAGCCCGAGAGCCCCCCGCGUGCCCCCCGGGACUGGGGCGCGCUGUUGCUUCACAAGGCCCAGAUCCUGGCGCUGGCAGAAGACAAAUCUGACCUUGAAAACAGUGUGAUGCAGAAGAAAAUAAAAAUCCCCAAACUUUCUCUCAGUCAUGUAGAAGAUGAUGUGGAGGUUAAAGACUAUGGGGAAGAAGAUUUACAGCUUAGACACAUCAAGAGACCAGAGGGGCGGAAGCCUAGUGAAGCGGCUCACAAGAGUAUCGAGGCAGUGGUGGCCCGGCUAGAGAGACAGAACGGCCUGAGCCUGGGCCACAGCACUUGUCCAGAAGAGGUCUUUGUGGAGGCCUCACCGGGCACAGAGGACAUGGACAGUCUGGAGGAUGCUGUCGUGCCCCGGGCUCUGUAUGAGGAGCUGCUGCGAAACUAUCAGCAACAACAAGAGGAGAUGCGCCACCUCCAGCAGGAGCUGGAGCGGACUCGGAGGCAGCUCGUACAGCAGGCCAAGAAGCUCAAGGAGUACGGGGCCUUGGUGUCUGAAAUGAAGGAGCUCCGAGACCUCAACAGGAGACUCCAAGAUGUGCUACUCCUGCGGCUUGGCAGCGGUCCUGCCAUUGACUUGGAAAAAGUAAAGUCAGAAUGUCUCGAGCCCGAGCCGGAGUUACGGAGCACUUUCAGUGAGGAAGCAAAUACGUCGUCCUAUUACCCCGCUCCUGCGCCUGUCAUGGACAAGUAUAUCCUAGACAAUGGCAAGGUCCAUCUGGGAAGCGGGAUUUGGGUUGACGAGGAGAAAUGGCACCAGCUACAAGUUACCCAAGGAGAUUCUAAGUACACGAAGAACUUGGCAGUCAUGAUCUGGGGAACAGAUGUUCUGAAAAACAGAAGUGUCACAGGAGUCGCCACAAAAAAAAAGAAGGAUGCAAUCCCAAAGCCACCCCUCUCUCCUCACAAGCUAAGCAUCGUCAGAGAGUGUUUGUAUGACAGAAUAGCACAAGAAACGGUGGAUGAAACGGAAAUUGCACAGAGACUCUCCAAAGUCAACAAGUACAUCUGUGAGAAAAUCAUGGAUAUCAACAAAUCCUGUAAAAAUGAAGAACGAAGGGAAGCAAAAUACAAUUUGCAAUAAACUUUAAUUUUUUUUCUUAAGGCCUUUGCAUUUUUCUUGUGUGGUGUAUGCAUUUCAGGUAAUAGUGCCAUCCAAACAGACCACACCAGACACGGCUGUGUCUGGGCAGGAGGCCUUCAGGACACUGAGGUCAGUGUCUUAGUCUGAACUUGGGCUUCCUUCUUCAAAGAAGGCAGAUGGAUUCACUGAGACUCAGCACGGGGCUCACCACAGGCCUCAUGCCAUCGCCAGUGUUGUUAUGGAAGGGGCGAAGCACUUUCUGCAGGGCUGUAAAAUGUCAGAGACCUGUCCGGACCACAAUACAAACUGUUGUUUUUACCAUCGGAGGACAUCGAUCUCCACUUCUCUAUUUUGUUCUAUAAUAAAAUUCCAUUAAUUCUUGAUGUA